AUGUAUGUUGAGGAGAACAUAGGCGCGUGUUUCGUAAUUUCACAAGAAAGCACUAUAGAAAGACACAAGAAAGCAUUAAAAGAGUCCAAAACCCUUCCUCUACUGUUUCUCUUCCAGAUUUGUUUUAUUAUGGCUAUUUCUGAUACAGUAGUGAGUAACCUUACUACAAUCUACGUGGCGGUGAUCACCUGUAUGAAGGCCUACGGUUUUCUCUGUGGUCGAAGCUUUAACGGCGCAUAUGUUGUCAUGAUAUCAACCACAGUGGUGGCUUUGAUCUUAAUGACAACGCUGACGUGGGACUUGUCUCGUAAAGCCACGUAUGCUUUCAAUCGUGACCAUCCUCACAAUCAUGUCAUGAUGUGUAAGGGUGGUAUAUGUUGGCAUGGUGUGGCGGUCCGAUCACCGGCAUCUGAGCUCCGUUUCAGACUUCCUCACCAACAGAACGCCGCUUUCUAACACUAUAGGUCUUCUAUCAUUAUCCAUAACAAACUAUUUGGUAAAGAUAGUGAGAUACUUCAGAUUAUGUGAAAAUGACUUUUUAAUUCACUAUUAUAAUUAUUAUUUUCUUUUUUCUUGUAAUUAAUUUGGGUUUAAUGGAUAUACCGUAAAUGUAAAAUAAUUUUGCGUUUCAAUGAGAAUUAUUUAUUUUGCUA